ACUCGCUUGAAACCUCCUGCAGAUCAGUUCAAAUCUAAUCGUCUAAAACGUUGUUUUUUUCUCCACAACAAAAAAUGUCUCUUCUACCCUAUCUCCUAGAAGACUACCCUGUCUACACUCGACCAUCCAGGCUUCUAGACCAACAAUUCGGCCUGGGUCUAGCUUCAGAAGAUUUAUUCCAGCCACUUCACCUCAACAGCAGGAUUCUUUCAAGAACGCCGGCAGGGUACCUGAGAAACUGGAGAUCGCCUGCCGGAGCUCAGGACGAAGGCUCUGUGGUGAGUUUUGACAAGGACAAGUUCCAGGCACGUUUGGACGUGCAACAGUUCAAGCCUGAGGAGGUUACUGUCAAAGUGACAGGAGAUAACGUGCUGACAAUCGAGGGAAAGCAUGAGGAAAAGCCUGACGAGCACGGGUUUAUUUCUAGGCAUUUCGUGAGGAGGUAUGUGCUGCCCAAGAACUAUGAUAUCGAGAAAGUGGAAUCGAAAUUGUCUUCUGACGGGGUACUGACAAUCAGUGCUCCUCAGAUACAGGCAGAGGCUGUUGAGCACAAGACUAUUCCUGUUAAGCAAACCGGGGAACCUGCUAGAACCCAAGCUGUUGAACAGAAACUGUAAAAAAACUUUUGUUAAUGUUUAAUGUUUUAAAAUAUUAGUUUUUUGUGUUAUUUUUUCUAUUGUAUUCUUAUAGUUUUUAUAAAACUUAUAUAUGAAUGUUAUGUAUGCAUUUAUUUUUAAUAAAGCUCUUUUGAAAUAAACUAUAAA